UUCUUUGCUGUCUCAUACGCCAAGAACGUCGUCAUGCCGCCAAGUGGAAAAGCUGCUAAAAAAGCUGGCAAAGCCAGGCCCGCCGGAGACAAGAAGCGCGGAAGGAGGAGAAAGAGAAGGGAAACCUUCGGUGUCUACAUCUACAAGGUGCUGAAGCAGGUGCACCCCGACACCGGUGUCUCCAGCAAGGCCAUGGGCAUCAUGAACUCCUUCGUCAACGACAUUUUCGAGCGCAUCGCCGCCGAGGCUUCUCGUCUGGCUCACUACAACAAGCGCUCCACCAUCAGCAGCCGCGAGAUCCAGACCGCCGUGCGACUCCUGCUACCGGGCGAGCUGGCAAAGCACGCCGUCAGCGAGGGCACCAAGGCUGUCACCAAGUACACCAGCUCCAAGUAGACCUACUGCACAAGCUAUAACCCCGGCCUUUUUCAAGGCCACCCACAUCCUCACAAAAGAGCUAUACCAGUCACGCUUUCCAU